AAAUAUAUUACAUUUUACUAGUGUGUAUAGAUAAAAAGAUAUUAAACUUGCAUGUAAUUUAUAUUAGCUUACAACAGGAGCAUUUGAUAUAUUAUUUAAACAAAUCUAAUUUUCAUAUCAUUAGUGCAUUAUUCGGACUAGCAACAGGUUCAAUUUUUCAAUGUUGUCCCUGUCUAGUUUCGGAGCCAAGUAAGUGUGUCAACUACAUUCUACAAUAUUGUGACAAUAUAAUGUAUUAUUUGUGCAAUAUGUACUCAUGGAUAUAUAAUAGGCCCCAAACUGCUAACACUAAUGCAAAUGUCCAAUUUUCGUUGCCAUUUUUAAAGUGGUUUCAAAUUGAUUGGACUUUGGCCUCAUUGGUGAAAGUGGUGUGGCCAUGCGACGUGCUUGAUAUUAUUUAAUCCACGGGUUAUUAUAUACAGAGUUUGUGUUUAAGUCUAUGUAACAAAUUUUGCUACAAAGAUAAUUAAAAAUUAUUUGCUUUAUUUUAGCAGAUCCUUGUUAUACAUAUAAUGGAGAUUGAUAAAGAAGUUCCUGAAGAAAUCCCUAAAUCAAAUAUGGCUUCUCAAAAUGAAAACACAAACGAAACAAUUUUGGAUAAUCAACAAAGCACAUUGGAAAUAAAUACUGAUAAUCAAGGUAGAAUGUCGGACAGAAGCAAUUGUAGUGAUAUAAUGGAAGAAGAAACUAUAUCUGUUGAUGAUACAAAUGCAUACAAUGAUUCUACUACCGAAGACUGUAUUAUGGAAUCUAACACAGAUAGCAUUGCAGCUACAGAUGAUUUAAGACAGUUUGAUGUUUUGGAUGAUUUAGAACGUCAUCCAGAUCAGAACUGCUGUGAUAUGGAUUCUGAUACCAAUGAAAGUAUGGAUUCUGAUGUACCUGAUGAAGAAAUUGAAGCCAUGCUUGAAGAAGGUUUACCAGAAGAAUUUAAAGGCAAAAGAAAAGACAAGAAGGAUAGUGUACCAUAUGAAGAGAAAGUGAAACUUGUCAUGGAUGAAAUUGGACAUAAUCACUUUGAUGUACUUCCAGAAGGCUGGGUACAGGUAACACAUAAUAGUGGAAUGCCUUUAUAUUUGCAUAAACAAAGUAGAGUUUGUACUCUUGCAAAACCAUAUUUCCUUGGACCUGGUAGUGUAAGAAAACACGAAGUGCCUGUUAGUGCAAUACCUUGCCUUCAAUACAAAAGAGCUCUUCAUGAAGAAGAAGAAGAAAGAAAAAAGCAGAAAGAACGUGAUUCAAAUACAGAAGUGUGCAGCCUGCCUAGUGCAAAAAUUGAAACAAUUCAAGAAAAUCGAGUGGCUCAUUCGUUAGAUGGUAAACAAUUAAGAAAUUAUUGCCAAUCGGUAUUUCGCUUUAAAGCUAUUAAAGUAAUGAGAUUUCAAUCAUGGUCAGCAAGGAGAAAAUUUACAAAAAAUAAAAAACAUCGUAAACAACUUGAACGUCCUACUUUACCUGAUGGAACAAAACUAAUAACGUUUCCAGUUAGUAGUUUUGGACUAGCUGGAAGUAGCAGUGGUAAUGUUGGAGAUGAUAGUACUGGACAAAAACCACCAAAACAUUGGAUAAUGAAUCCCUCAGGCAAAAGUUAUGUUUGUAUACUUCAUGAAUAUGUACAACAUGCACUUAAAAAGCAACCAACUUACAAGUUUAAAGAAUUAGAAAAUGCAGCAACUCCAUAUUCUGCCGUUGUUUGUAUAAAUGAUAUGGAGUACGGAAGCGGUUUUGGUAGUAGCAAAAAACAAGCAAAAGCUAAUGCUGCGCGGAAAACUCUUGAAAUUUUAAUUCCUCAAAUGAGAGAUAAAAUUUCUGGUGAUAAUGGAGGAGAUACAGUUUCUGGUAAUAAUAGUCGAAUGAUUAAAGCAUCAAGGACAAAUUCUGAUGCAGAUUUAUCAUUCUUUGAUGAAAUAUCGAUCACCGAUCCACGAGUCGCAGAAUUUUGCGCAAAAACAACUGAACCGUCACCGCAUGCUAUUUUAAUCACCUGCCUCCAACGAAAUUAUGGUCUUGGUGAUAUGGAUAUUAAUUACUCUGUAAACACAUUAAAACAUCAACGCAAUGAAUUUACAAUGCGUGUCGGCAAACAUGAAGCUACCGUUGUAUGUCGUAAUAAGAAAGAUGGUAAACAACGAGCAGCCCAAGCUAUCCUGCAGCUUAUGCAUCCUCAUAUCCAGUCUUGGGGAUCCUUACUAAGACUUUAUGGAUCUCGAAGCGUAAAAUCUUUUAAAGAAAAGAAACAACUAGAACAAGAAAUCACGUUGUUACAAGGUAAAGCUGCUGUUAAUCAACCAAAUCACGCAAUUCUAAGUAAACUUAGACAAGAAAUGCGUAAACUGGCAGAACAGAGACAAGCUAUACAACCUAUCGGUAAGUUUGUACCGCCGGAUUUACCAACUGGAUCUGCAGCUAAUUUGGACAAUGUGGAUUUAUAGCAUAUUAGUCAACUGUGUAUCCUAUAAAUAUUAGUUUAUUUUGUAAGUUUUGUAAGAAAGUAAACGUUUUUGAUUUAUUUUAUAUUUUGUGUUUUGAAAAUAAGGGCAAAAUAUUAUAUAGCAAUAUUAUAUAAUAUAGCAAUUUAAAAAGAAAAUGGUGCUGAUCCUUAUCCAUUUUAAUAUUUUUAUUUUUUAUGUAUCUCGAAAUCAAUUUUUAUAAUCAGUUAAUACAAUGAUUAAGAGUAUAAUGAAAUGUGAAUAUUGGUUAAAAAUAUUCGGAGAUUGUUUCUAAGAUUUGAAUUUCAAGAACAGUUUUGAUAUCGAGAUGUUACAGAAGGCUACCUCAAUCACAUUAGUUUUCUUGCGCUGUAAAUUGUUAAAUGUAUUUGACAAUAUUGUCUUUUAAAAUCACUAUUGUUUCUAUAUAUAAAGGGGAUUUAAUAUUACAUGUAAAUGAUUAUUAAUUGUAUGUUAUUUUAUACAGAAUUACCGAACACAUAACGAUUCAUGAAACAUAAUCAUUUAUUUUUAAAGAACUGAUUACAGUAAAGUAUAUUUCAGUUCUAUAAACAUUAAGGCAUCAAUCUUGCAUAUUAAUAAUGGUUACAAUGUAUUGAAAAGUAUUAUAAUUGUCCUAAUAAAUUUGCUAAUAGAAUUAAUAGAAUAUAAAUAAAUUAUCCAAUAGUGCCUAAAACAUUUACAUCACUUAUCUUCUUUGGCACUUUUGUAUGAUUUUUUUCCUAUAUCACUAUUUUUCUUAUUCUGCAUUUAUGUGGUAUUUUACUAAUUAUUUAACAAUACCACUGUAAAAUUAAUAACACAA